AACCAUUUCUUCUUGCACCUGAUGAUUUUCUUCCUUUAGUACAUUAUUCCUUGCUUUGCUUAGUACAUUAUUAUUUCUUUCUUCUCUCUCUUCUGUUGCUUCUCCUCCAUUUAAUUUGGCAACAAAACCAACAUAAAGCUGAUAUUCUUUUGUGGUCAUUCUUCAGAGUAAUUAUUUGUGGCUCCUACUCCUACAUUAACAUUUUCUUCAUCCUUCUUCUUGUUUAUAGACCGUUCGAGAUCGCCUACACUACUACUAUCCUUCCAGUUCAGCCCGCUGCUUCUGAUGGAGCUCAUUCGCGGUUUGCUAGUCAUAUCGAUUGCAGUAAUUUUUCUUCUUCAGAAUUCAAGCAAUGUGGAAGGAAGAUACCAUUAUCACAAGCCAAAAGGGAAACCUUCUAAACAUACAGGGUCCCCUGUUUCUCCAACACCUGAUAAUGCCCCUGCGGAACCUUCAGUUCCUUCAACCCCUGCAAAUUCUCCUCUAGUCCCUUCAGACCCUUAUCCUAAUGAUCCGGGUAAAUCCACUUCUGACUGCAUUUUCGAUGUGACAUCUUAUGGGGCAGUCGGAGAUGGUUCUACUGAUGACACUGCCGCCUUCGUGGCAGCUUGGAAGGCAGCCUGUGCAGUCGAAUCAGGUGUUAUUUUGGCUCCUUCAGGUUAUUCUUUCAUGAUCACUUCGACUAUUUUCUCAGGGCCCUGCCAGCCAGGACUUGUGUUUCAGGUGGAUGGAUGCCUAAUGCCACCAGAUGGACCUGAUUCCUGGCCAGAGAAAGAUAGUAAGAAACAAUGGCUUGUGUUUUAUAGACUCACUGAUAUGACUCUCACUGGCAAAGGAACAAUUGAAGGCAAUGGAGAGAAGUGGUGGGAUCUCCCCUGCAAACCUCACAGGAGUCCUAAUGGAGAGUCAUCAAAAGAACCAUGCGACAGUCCUGCAAUGAUUCGGUUCUUCAUGAGCUCCAAUUUAGUAGUGAGUGGAUUAAGUAUUCAAAACAGUCCUCAAUUCCACAUGAAGUUCGAUGGCUGCGAAGGAGUUUUAAUAGAGAAGCUGUCCAUAUCUUCUCCUAAACUUAGCCCAAACACUGAUGGGAUCCACAUUGAAAAUACAAAAACUGUUGGGAUUUACAACUCUAUGAUUAGCAAUGGCGAUGAUUGCAUAUCAAUUGGAACUGGAUGCUCAAAUGUUGAUAUAGAAGGUGUGACCUGCGGGCCUAGUCACGGGAUUAGCAUUGGAAGUCUAGGAGUACACAAUUCGCAGGCAUGUGUUUCAAACAUAACAGUGAGCAAUGCCAUUAUAAGAGAUUCAGACAAUGGAGUGAGGAUCAAGACAUGGCAAGGGGGCACGGGUUGCGUUUCAGGAAUAUCUUUCCAGAACAUCCAAAUGGAGAAUGUUAGGAACUGCAUGAUCAUAGACCAGUACUACUGCAUGUCAAAGGCUUGUCUAAACCAGACCUCAGCUGUCCAUGUGACAGAUGUAUCGUACAGGAAUAUUAAGGGUACAUAUGAUGUAAGAACCCCACCAAUUCACUUUGCCUGCAGUGACACAGUGCCUUGCACCAACAUUACCCUAUCAGAAGUUGAACUUCUCCCUGAAGAAGGAGAACUGGUAGAUGAUCCAUUCUGUUGGAAUGCAUAUGGGACUGAAGAAACAGUGACCAUACCUCCUCUAAAUUGCCUGAGAGAUGGGGAGCCUGAAAGUGUGCAAGAAGUUUCUUAUGGUUGCUAAUUGAGAUAGCAUACUAAUACUAUACUAUAUUAUACUAUAAUACUAGUACUAGCUUUGAUUAUGGGAUUGAGAAUUCGAGAUUAUUACUAUAGCAUACUUAAUUACUGUAUAGAGCCCAACCCAAGAACCAUUUAUCUGUAAUGGGUCUUGAUCAUUGUUUAGGCUCCAUCCCUGUUAGGGUAUUUCUCCCCUUAUUGUGUGAUGACAUAUUGUAGCAGAGCAUUGGUCUGUUUUUUUGGACCCUUGAUUGUGAUAGAAUUGGAUUUUUACAUGUAUGAUUACAAAUUCUUACUAAUGUUUCUCUAUUUUAUUCUUCAUCA